CCACUCGUGAUAAUUGUGCACACCUGUUGGGCAUUCUUUGGAGAACAUUCCUAUCUGUCGUUCGAUUUGUUACGCUCAUCUUGACUGCCAUUGAUCCCUCCAAGUUCGCAGCAAUGGCUCGCCUACGCAAACCCAGCCCGCUGGAGCCCAGCAUAUUCCUCCAGCAGCCAGACCAGACCCGACGAUCAAGUCCUAGAAAGGCCGUUCGUGAAGUCAGCUACAUUAUCUCAUCUGACGAAGACGAGGAGAACGUUCUGCUCAGGCCCAAGCCCUCGAAGCGCGAUCUCGGAGACCCAUCGUUAAUCUUCCAGGAAGACCCCUUCUAUACAUCCAAGUCGAAUGCGAGUCCCUCAACUUUGACUCUCACGCCACGAAAGCAACGUAUUCUGCGACCCGUCGAAAGCAACAGCCGCCUACUGAGAAAGCUGAGUGAUGAGAGUCUCGCGAGUCCGGAGAAGAGGCCUAGGUCUGAGAGGAGGGCUAGAAGGGAGAGGAGUGGGACAUAUGAGGUCGGUAUGGAUCUAGGGCGGAAGAAGAACCUGAUGUAUGCGAAGAGUUUGGCGAGGAGUGUCGCAGGCAGGGAGUUGAAGAAGGCGAGCUCGAGGAUCGAUGUGCUAGACGAUACGGAGUUGCAGAGUCCGAGAAAGAUAAGGCAGGAGAAGAAGGAAGUGGCUGUGGAGGUUGAGGAGAUCGAGGCCGAGCCAGAAGAGGAGACGAGCAUACUCUGCGGGGAUGAGGAAGAUGUCGCCCAAGAGGUAGAGGAGCAGCAGGUCGAGACGAUUGGUACUGAAAAGUCCACAACUGAAGAGCAUGAAGAAGAAGAGGAAGAUGAUGAGGAUGUUAUCCUGCCGGUCAGAUCAAGACAAAGACGGCCGCAAAGACGCAUCGAUUCUGAUUCUGAGUCUGACUACGUAGAGGAAGCCGCCUCAGAAGAAAAGCAAAAGCAAGUAGACGAGCAACCGGAAGAGCCGCAGCCAUUGGUGUCUAUGCAACCGCAUCACAGGAAGGGACACAGCACUAUCUCGAACUGGGCGAAGGAAGUCAUCGAUUUGACAGACUCACCAAAAGCUCCAGACUCAUUCGUCCUUCCAGAAUCGACACGCGCUCGCUCGUCGUCGUUCGCAGUUUCACGUCCUGCGACAUCCUCUUCUGAUGGUAUGCAGCCAUUCCUCACAUACUCUCCUACGCCUACCAAGAAGCGCUCGCCGUGCAAAGCACCUCCGGUUGCACGUCCGACAACUCCUCUACUAGCACCUGCAAGCCCUACGAAACUUGUCUCGCCGUCCAAGAAGAAGCCACUCAUUCCAAAAGCACCAGAUCUGCGACCAAGCCUCGACGCAUUCUGGAACCCUGAAGUCGUCAAUGACUGGAAUGACCGCCACUCUCCUGCAAAGAAGCUUGUGUCACCAAGAAAGCAGCAAUGGCGCGACGACAUCACCAAGAUGAUGGGCGGCAUGGAUCUCGAAGACGCAAGCAGCAGCGACGAGGCGUACACAAGCCUUGUCACAAGCCCGAAGAAGAAGAUUUGCUGUCCUAAGCCUCCGAAGAAAGACGCUCCUAGCGUAUCUGAGCCAACCGCCAAGGAGAUCCGAGCACAGCGCAAAGAUUUUGCCGAACGCAAGCACUCCAUCGCAACCUCCUUCCUCGCCGAACUCGACACCACCAUCUGCUCCGGCACCAUCACCCGCCUCUCCUCCGCAACCGGCGGCAUCAAGCUCAUCUGGUCCAAAACCCUCAAAACAACCGCCGGCCGCGCAAACUGGCGCCGCGAAGUGAUCCGCCUCAAGACCUCCUCGCCCGGUGAGCCCCCUUCUUUCAAGACAGAGGUUAGGCACCACUGUAGUAUCGAGUUGGCAGCUAAGGUCAUCGACGACGAAGAACGUCUCUACAACGUGCUGGCGCACGAAUUCUGCCACCUGCUCACCUUCAUGAUUAGCGAGAUCCGAAAUAAUCCACACGGCGCCGAGUUCAAAACCUGGGGCCGCAAAGUGUCCGCCGCUUUCGCAGAUAGGGGCGUGGAAGUCACAACCAAGCACAGCUAUGCGAUUGAGUAUAAGUUUGUCUGGGAGUGUGUGAGCUGCGGGUAUGAGUUUAAGAGGCAUAGUAGGAGUGUGGAUACGCAGAGACAUAGUUGUGGGAAGUGUAAGGGAGCGUUGGUGCAGACUAAACCUGCACCACGAGGUGGAGGUGCGAAGGGGGAGGGGAAGAAGAGCGAGUAUCAGGUUUUUGUUAAGGAGAACUUCAGGAGGGUCAAGAGUGAGAUGGCAGAGGAGGGGUUGGAUACGCAGAUGGGGAAGGUUAUGGAAGUUGUGGCCAGAGAGUAUAGGAAGAGGAAGGAAGUCGAGAAGAAGGAGGGCGAAAAGGACAUUGAUGAGCUUGAUGAGGCGCUUGAGGGGUUGAAGCUGUGAGGUGGAUGUUGGACUUCGAUCUGUCAUGACUUGCACGAAGGCGUUCUUAUGGGUGUGUUUGCAUAGGAUUUGGCAUUGCAUGUUAGCGCAAGCAUUGAUCAUAUUUCUC